AAGGUCAAGGUCACAGUGACCUAGAACACUUAAAUGAUUUCCGGAUGAUAACUCAAGAACGCUUAGCCUAGGAUCAUGAAAAUUGACAGGAAGGUUGGUCAUGACCAGCAGAUGACCCCUAUUGACGUUGAGAUCAAUAGGUCAAAGGUCAAGGUCACAGUGUUACAGAACAGUUAAACGGUUUCUGGAUGAUAACUCAAGAAUCCUUUAACCUAGGAUCAUGAAAGUUGACAAGGAGAUUGGUCAUGUCCAGCAGAUGAACCCUAUUGAUUUUAAGGUCAGUAGGUCAGAGGUCAAGGUCACAGUGAUACUGAACAGUUAAACAGUUUCUGAAUGAUAACUCAUGACCAGCAGAUGACCCUAUUAAUUUUGAGGUCAAUAGGUCAAAGGUCAAGGUCACAUUACCCAGAACAGUAAAAUUUUGUUUACAGUGACCAAAUAAUUUCUGUUACUUGUGCAAUUACUGAAUGCAUCAAGGGGGGCAUUUCGUGUUCCAUGAGCUCUUGUUAUUCUUAAACUUAUAUUUUCUAGCAUGCUGUUAUGUUCAGUUCAGUAAUUGUUGUAUGCAUGUAUAACGGAAGAUGCCGGUGGAGAGAAAACACGAAAAACUCGACAAAUAAUGUAUUUGUCAUGUUUUCAUAUUUGCGGGGCGAAAACACGACAAAUAAGGUAUUUGUCAUGUUUUCAUGUUGGCGGGGCGAAAACACAACAAUAACACGAAAACUCAACAAAUACCUAAUGUUAAAUCAAAGGAAAAGCUUGUUAACACUCUUGAGGUCACAAUUUUGGCCCAAUCUUAUUGAAACUUGGUCAGAAUGUUACCUUCAAUAAAAUCUUGGACGAGUUCGAUAUUGGGUCAUCUGGGGUCAAAAACUAGGUCACCAGGUCAAAUCAAAGGAAAAGCUUGUUAACACUCUAGAGGUCACAAUUUUGGGCUAAUCUUAAUGAAACUUUGUCAGAAUGUUACCCUCAAUGAAAUCUUUGACAAGUUCCAUAUUGGGUCAUCUGGGGUCAAAAACAAGGUCACCAGGUUAGAUCAAAGGCAAAGCUUGUUAACACUCUAGUGGUCACAAUUUUGGCCCAAUCUUAUUGAAACUUAGUCAGAAUGUUACCCUCAAUAAAAUUUUGGACGAUUUUGAUUUUGGGUCAUCUGGGGUCAAAAACUAGGUCACCAGGUCAAAUCAAAAGAAAAGCUUCUUAACACUGUAGAGGCAGCAUUUAUGACUGUAUCUUCAUGAAACCUGGUCAGAAUGUUAAUCUUGAUGAUCUCAACGUCCAGUUUAAAUCUGGGUCAUUAAGGUCAAAAACUAGGUCACCAGGUCAAAUCAAAGGAAAAGCUGGUAAACACUGUAGAGGCCACAUUUAUGAUCAUAUCUUAAUGAAACAUGGUCAGAAUGUUAAUCUUGAUGAUCUAUAGGUCACAUUAAAAUCUAGGUCAGGUGGGAUCAAAAAUUAGGUCACUAGGUCAAAUCAAAGGAAAAGCUUGUUAACACUAGAGGCCACAUUUAUGACUGUAUCUUCAUGAAACUUAGUCAGAAUGUUAAUCUUGAUGCUCUUUAGGUCAAAUUUGAAUGUAGGUCAUGUGGGGUCAAAAACUAGGUCACCAGGUCAUAUCAAAGGAAAAACUUGUUAACACUUUAGAGGUCACAUUUCUGACCAUAUCUUAAUGAAACUUGGUCAGAAUGUUAAUCUUGAUGAUCUUUAGGUCAAUAGGUCAGGUGAGCGGUACAGGGCCUUCAUGGCCCUCUUGUUGAUAUUUGGUAUGUUACAUUGACUAGUGUUCCUCUACCAAACUUGUUCAAAUUAUGCCCCUGGGGUGAAAAGAGGCUUUGCCCUGGGGUCCCAGAUUUUAACAUAGACUUAUUUAGGAAUUUUCUUUUAAAUCUUCCUGUCUGAAAGUCUUAGGCCUAGGCCUUUGAUAUUUGGUAUGUAGCAUUGCCUAAUAGAUCUCUAACCAGAUUGUUCAAAUUAUACGCCCGGGGUGAAAAAAGGCCCCGCCCUGGGGGUCUCUUGUUAUAUCAGUUACAUAGGAAAAAUACUUCAAAAAAUUAUUAGAUCAUAUUUCCUAGACUGUUAAGUUAUAAUUACCUGAUGACCUCAAGUUAUUAGGGGUCAUCUAACUGUGACUUUGACCUACUGACCUAGUCACCUGCUUUCUUGUUUUGUAAGAUACUGUGAAAUCAUGGGGGUCUAAUUUUCGUAGAUUUCGUUGUUGAGUCAAUCCAUGAAAUUUAAUCUCAACGAACAAGUAAAAUUCCCAUUCAUUUUAUGUUCAAAAGUUGAAAUCCCUGAAUUCAUAGCCCCACGAAAUUGCCGUUUUGACCAAAACCACGAAAUUUAAUGAUUUUACAGUACAGCCUUGAAAUUUGGAUGACAUGUACAGUUUUUCAUACCUAAUGACCUACUUUCUUAAUAUUUUAGCAUCAGUUUGAUAUUUCAAACAUGUAGCUCAUAUUACUCAAUUGAGUGAUCCUGGGUCAUCAUGACCCUCUUGUUUUUGGUAAGCACCUCUUCAGACUGUUAAUGGCACUCACAGUCCAAAUUGAAAGAUAGAUAAGUUCAUUAUACAAAUUAAGCAGGGUAAGGAUUAAGAUUUGGACUUCUUCUUGCAGACCAAGCAAGGGCAGAUCUGAAAGUGGAAAAUGACCAGGAAAUCAUACCCUCCAGAAGGCCUGAUAAACAGAUAGAUGAUGCAGACAAUGUUGAUAAUAUGUUUAAUGCAACUCCAGGCUUUAGGAGACAUGUUUCGAGAAAAUUGUCUGCAGCUUUGGACAGGUGUUAAAUUGUUUUCAAACUCAAAAACACUCCUUCAAGAUGACUCUUCAAAACUGGAGGGCAGAAAAUAUGACAAAAAGCACCCCCUACCUUCAAGCAGUGAUAGCAGUUCUGAAGAUGAGAGACUAGCUGAAGCAUCUGUGUCCCAUGACUUUAUACUUCAUCAGAGUAAUCUCCCUUACACAACAAGUAAGAAACCAGCUGACAUUAUCAUAAAUCAAGCAGACCAUUGCCCAUCUGCUGUGACAAAAAAGAACAGUGGAAGUAACAAAUUAGAAGUUUCCAGAUGUAAUCAUGAAAUAAAGAACAGUGAAAAAAGUGAGCAGACAAAAAUGGAUCAGUUAAUUGAAACUGAUGAAAAAAUUGAAGGACCAAUAAAGAAGCACAAAAAGAAAAUUAAGAAAAGAAAAGAAAAGUCAGUUGAGCUGUUUCAGUGAUCUGCAGUUAUCACAAUGGUCAAUAUAGCAGAAGACAAGGUGCUUAAAAAUUAAGAACAAGACCUCUGCUUGUUCCUGAAAAAUUGUGUAUUGAAAGGACUUUACUUUGAUGGAACUCACAGGGGAGGAACAUAUAUAGAGCUCUACUGAAGCGAGGACAUAUUGAUUGUUUGGUAACCUAAACAUGUACUAUUUAUAUAGGAUCAGCUGAUUAAAGAGCAAACAACAAUUCAAUGCAAAUUGGUGAUUAUGUACAUGUAUCAUGUACAUCGGAUAUAGAACACCAGCUUUCCAUUGAAAAUGUUUAUAUCAUUUUAGUGUAUACAGAUGCUGAUUUGGAAUUUCAAAAAAAAAAUUUCACUUCCUAUAACAUAUUUGUUACAUCUUACAAAAAUAAACUAUUAAUGAUGUUUAAAUUUUAUUUACUUUUCUGGUGUUAUAUAUUCAUAAUAUUGUCUAAUUCUAACAUGGCUCGAUUUGAUUUCCAGCUGAAGGCCAAGAUUAUUAGUUGAAGUCAUCUGUUUGAAUAUAUUCCAGAAUACUGUACAUCCAACAAAAGUGAAAGUGUUGUCUCUCUCACUGUAAAUUUGCCAUUAAGGAGAAACAAGAGCUGUCACUAUUGGUGACAAAUGCCCCCAAAGCAUGCCCAAGAAUGCUACAGUUGUAUGUGCAAAUAAAUCACACAUCAUUUUGUGACCUUGACCUAAGUGGCCCAGGUCAUAAGCGUGACACACCUCAGUUAGGUUAACAUUUGUGUCAAAUUAUUUUCAAAUCCCUUGAUAAAUGGCAGAGUUGUGAAACAGACAAGAAAAACCUUUGACUUCUAAGUGUAACCUUGACCUUGGAGGUAGGGCUCUGGGUUGUGUGCAUGACACCUCAUCUCAUUAUAGGGAACAUUUAUGCCAAGUAAUUUCAAAAUCCUUUCAUCAAUGGCAGAGUUAUGGACCAGACAAGAAACAGACCAUGUUAACCUUUAACCUCUAAGUGUUACCUUGACCUUAGAGCUAGGGGUCUGUAUCUUGCACAUGACACGUCGUCUCAUUAUGAGGAACAUUUAUGCCAAGUAAUUUCAAAAUUCCUUGAUGAAUGGCUGAGUUAUGGACCGGACACGAAACAGACCAUGUUAACCUUUGACUUCUAAGUGUGACCUUGACCCUGGAGCUAGGGGUCUGGAUCUUGCGCGUGACACGUCGUCUAAAUAUAGUGAACAUUUACGCCAAGUAAUUUCGAAAUCCCUUCAUGGAUGGAAGAGUUACAGCCCGGACAAGAAUUUACCGGACGGACAGUGCGAUUUUAAUAUGCCCACCUUCGGGGCCAUAAAAAAUCCAGAACGUAUUUAUGCGAGCCUCAAAUAAAGUUAACAGUGGAAACUGACACUAGGAUGUUUACAAUGACAACAGUUCUAUGUUAAACAUUACAACAAUUGUAAAAUAUGUUAAGUAGUGCGUGUAGUAGUGAAUAAAUAAGCUGAGUUUUACUUUA